AUGAAGCGGGUGGUAACAAUUUUUCUAAUUUCCCUACUAAAUUUUACUGAAUCCAUAUCACUGCAUAAAAAUGCAUAUGGAGUAGCUUCCAUAUUGAAUUCUUCCAAAUGUUCUUCAGAGAUGAAUUUAGUUGACCUAUCUACCAUAUUCUUUGCUCAGUUUGUUCAAGAGGCCACUUAUGAAGAAGUAAACAAAAUGGCAAAAGAUGUAUUGACUGUAAUUGAGAAACUCACUGGCAGUGAGCAGAAUGCAGGGUGCUUAGAAAACCAGCAAGAAAUUAUGUCCUACAUAUGUUCUCAACAAGAUGCUCUGUCAAGCAAAAUAGCAGAAUGCUGCAAAUUGCACACACUUGAACUUGCUCACUGUAUAAUUCAAGCAGAAAAUGAUGGCAAACCCGAGGGCUUAUCUCCAAAUAUAAACAGGUUUUUAGGAGAUAGAGAUUUCAACCAAUUUUCUUCAUUGGAAAAAGAUAUCUUCUUGGCAAGAAAGUCUACUUAUCUUAAUUCUCAAAAUUCACACCUUACCAUCUUUAAUAUAAAAAAAUCUCUAAAAUUGGUUUCAUAAUAUAAUAAAAUAUUAUUGGUUAAUGUUUACAUACAAAGUUACAUGUCCAGUAAGAGAAAAAAAUGUAUAUAAUAACAUUUGUAUUUCCAGGAAGAAGAAUUAGAGCGAUACAUCCAGGAGAGCCAGGCGCUGGCAAAGCGAAGCUGUGGCCUCUUCCAGAAAUUAGGAGAAUAUUACUUACAAAAUGCGUUUCUUGUUGCUUACACGAAGAAAGCUCCUCAGCUGACCACACCGGAGCUGAUCUCCAUCACCAGGAAAAUGGCUGCCACAGGAGCCACUUGCUGCCAUCUCAGUGAGGACAAGCAAUUGGCCUGUGGUGAGGGCGCAGCUGACCUUAUUAUUGGACAUUUAUGUAUCAGGCAUGAAGAGACUCCUGUAAACCCUGGUGUUGGCCAGUGCUGUAAUUCUUCAUAUGCCAACAGGAGGCCAUGCUUCAGCAACUUGCUGGUGGAUGAAACAUAUGUCCCUCCAGCAUUCUCUGCUGCCAAGUUCCUCUUCCAUAAGGAUCUGUGCCAAGCUCAGGGUGCAGCACUGCAGUCGAUGAAGCAAGAAUUUCUCAUUAACCUUGUGAAGCAAAAGCUACAAAUAACAGAGGAACAACUUGAGACAGUCAUUGCAGAUUUCUCUGGCCUGUUGGAGACGUGCUGCCAAGGCCGGGAGCAGGAAGCCUGCUUGGCGGAAGAGGGACCAAAACUGAUUUCAAAAACCCGUGCUGCUUUGGGAGUUUAAACUACUUCAGGGGGAAGAGAAGAAAACAAAAUGACUCUUGAUGGUUGGGUGUGAAGUUUUCCCUUUAAUUACAACUGACUUUGUACUUUCUAGUGAAUUAAUAAAAUGAUGAAGACUUUUAUGUGACAUUUCCCCAUUAUAGAAAUAAAGAAUCUACAAAUGUG